AUGGCAGACGCCCAGCGCGCCCUCACAGCAGCCUUCCCUCCGCCUCCACCGUUCUGGAAACACUUUACGACAGACAACAUCGAGAAGUUGGAAAAGAUCAAGAAGGAGUCGGCCAGCUCGAAAAGCUCCACCGGCAAGAAAUGGACACCGAGCGACCUGCGAGCGCUGGACGUAUCGCCUGAACUUCGAUACUUGAUUCCACCAGAGGCGCCGACGGAGGGAACUUAUAGUGUUUUUGGAGAGUUGCAAAACUUAUCGACCAAUCUACCCUCGUUGAAUGAACAAGGAAUCGAACAACUCUACCCCGACGUCCCGACCGACGGCAAAGACGACCAGAACGGCGGCCAACCUUUAAACCACGCCUUCUACCUCUUAAAAAUCAGCAAAUCUCUUCUCCUCAACUUCUUGGAGUUUGUCGGCGUUCUAUCUAUAGCCCCCGAAGAAUUUGAAGCGAAACUGGGCGAUCUACGGAAUCUAUUCAUCAACGCGCACCACCUUCUCAAUCUUUACAGGCCGCAUCAAGCGAGAGAGUCACUUAUAUUGAUGAUGGAGGAACAGUUGGAGAGUACGCGGAAUCAGAUACAGGAGAUGGAUGAUGUGAAGAAUAGGGUGGAGAGGUUGUUGGAGCAGUUGACGGCUGAGGGGCUGGAUGCGCAACAAGGGGCUUCUCAGGAGAAAGACAACGCGGGAAAUUCGGCGCAGUUUGAUAGCAAGACUGUGGAGGAGGCGCGGCAUUUAUGGGAGUUGCUGAAGGAUGAAGAUGAGUGA